AUGGAUCCCUUCUCCGUAGAGGGCGAGCUCCUCAACAUCCACAGCGCCUUCCACUCCGGCUCAUACCAAAAUGUAAUCGACUUCGACACGACCACCCUCUCCCCCGAGAACCAGCUCCCUGCGCAGGUCCUCCAGCUCCGCGCCCAGAUUGCCCUCGGCCAAUACGACGAAAGCCUCCAGGCCUCUGACGACAUCCCCGAUCUGUCAGCCGUCAAGGCCCUGGCCCUACACUCCGCCGGCAAAUCCGACGCAGCCCUGCAACUCGCCCAGGAGCUCGCAGAAAACUACCCUGAAAACAGCACGGUGCAGGUUCUCGCCGGCACCGUUCUCCAGGCCCAGGGCCACAGCGAGGAGGCGCUGGCGCUGCUGUCCAAACACCAGAACAGUCUCGAGGCUGUGUCUCUUACUGUGCAGAUCCAGCUGCAACAGAACCGGACCGAUCUUGCGAUCAAGGAGGUCCAGGCCGCCAAGCGCUGGGCUCAGGAUUCGCUGCUGAUUAACGUUGCUGAGUCGUGGGUUGGGAUGAGAGUGGGCGGCGAGAAGUACCAGUCUGCUUUCUACGUCUACGAGGAACUCGCUUCCGCACCGGGCACCUCCGCGCCUCUGUCUAUUGUUGGCCAGGCUGUUGCUGAGAUUCAUCUGGGUCGGCUGCCUGAGUUGAUUGCCAACAGCAUUGUUUUGAAUGUGUUGGCUGGCAAGAACACUGAGGAGCUGGAGUCGCAAUUACAGCAGGUCGACCCCUCUCAUGCCCUUCUUGUCGAUAUCCAGGAGAAGAGCGAGUUCUUCGAUACGGCGGCCGCCAAGUUCUCUGCCAAGGUGGCAUCGUAG